GGAUGCGUGUACACAAGCGUGUGACGAACAACACAACCGGUUUAAAAUGUUUCACAGAUUAAAACUGCAUCAAAAAAGCCGCUAGCCAGCAGUGUUUGAACUUCGCGGGUAUAAUUACUCCGAGGAUGGCCGCGUUUGUCGCUCACCCGUCGGUCCGGAUCAGGGGUACAGAGCACACAUACACACCGGUUCUGUGCCAGGACGAUAAGUGUGACGCGCGUGACAAGGGCGUGCACAUGCACUGCCCGCUGUGCACGGUGGGCGAGGCCUACCAGGACCCCAUCAUACUCAGGGCACACUUCCGCAUCAAGCACGUCGACAAGGGCAUCGACUUCGCAGGUCUGAAGGUGCUGCGCUGCUGUAACCACUGUGAGAUCGUGGGCACCAUUAAAGGAGAGAAGCGCUUCAAAGGCGCACACUGGCACUGCUACCGCUGCAGGAACGGCUUCAACCGCAGGGACGAGGCCGUCAAGCACUACAGGACGCACUUCCGCAACCCGCACACCACCUUCCAGAUCCAGGUCACGCAGGACGUGAACUGCAGGCAGUAUUACAGCGGCAGUGCAGAGGCUCAUGAGAGGGCGUACAGUGGGCUGGCCGUGAGCGUGGGCUCUGGGCCAGCUGCUGCGGGCUCCGUCAUCGCCCAGUCGCUCCUGACCACCGCCUCUGACCCCGAGGCCGCCUCCUUACUCGCCGUCGAACCCAAGGAAGAAGGUGAGAGUAACGGCAUUCCCCUGGGUGCUGAGGAGGAGGUGGGCUCCUCCCAGCAUGCACCAGAGCAAACCCAAACCCUGGUUCUGAUGGACCCUGAGGGCCACACGGGGAGCUUGAUCUACGACGAGGCCACGGGCAUCCUCACUGAACAGGGUGAGGAGAGUCUGGAGCAGACGCUGCUUCAGAAGCGCCUCAUUGAACUGAGUCAGCAGAUUGGCGCUCUGCACCAGGAGAAGGACAGCAUGGAGAAGACUCUACGGGCUGAAAUAAAACAGCUCAGAGAACAGGUCGCCAGUCUGGUCCAGUCCAAUGUGAAGAUGUUUGAAGAGCUGCAGGUGUACCAGAGCCCAGAGCACAGCCAGCAGAGGCUGGCCACACUGAUGGAGACUUUGCAGUCUCAGCAUAAAGAGCUACUACAAGCUCAGCUGGCCUCCGUCAGGCAGGAGCUCCUCUCCCAGGCCAGCGCCGUGCCCCUCAACGGCCACACGGGGGCGCUCGAGCACGUGACCAGCCGGGACCGGCCGCAGGCCCGAAUGGAGGAGCAGGAAGAGGAGGGAGAGGGGGAGAUGGGGGGCGCUCCGUCAGGACUGGAGCUCAUCGACGUGCAGCUGCAGCCUGAGCAGGACGAGCCGAGGGGGCAGAUGGUGGAGUUUGAACCCACGCGGGUAGACACACUGGCUGAACUGGAGAGCCCCGCCUCCGACACACCCCUUACGGACUCCGCCUCCCCGGACCUGGAGCCCCAGCAGGAAGCGUCUCCGACGUCUCGGAAACGCGGCGCCGUGGACAGCGGCGGAGGGACGAGUGAAGCCAAAGUCCCACGUGUUAGCUGAUGCUACCCGGGCUUUAGAAACCAUAUCUGAAUAGGGAAUAGUUCUGUACAGAAUUCCUGAAUGGUUCUGUAGAGAAUUCCGUAAGUGAUCUGCUUCCCGCUGGCUCUGUGUCACUAAGGCAACUCUGGGCUUCAGACAGCUGUAUUCAGGCUUUCACGUAUUUCUUUUCAGUUUCAUAUUCCUGAAAGCUGUCUGAGCUUUUUCCUGGAGCUACCCGGAAGUUUUUGUCUUUGUUUUUGUUUUUUCCUCUCUGUCUGAUCUGGAUCCCUUUUUUUUUUUUUUAGUAUGGGAUUCCCAUGGUCCCAUCGUCCCAUCGUCUCAACCAGCGACACCACCGCGAGGCGGCGAGCCGUUAAACCGAGGGCAUCUCGCUUGCCGUGCAAGUAGUGCGUCACGCUGUCGGGAGCGUAACAUGCAGAACGCAACGAUGUGCAGUGACUUACAAGGGUGAAGCGGUCAAUAUCACGUGUUCUUCCGUAUGGGUCCCGGGAUUAAUGGACACUGCAGGAACACUAAAAUGGCAUUCAGAGUCAGACAGGAAGGGGAGAGGACCAGGUGUGUGUAUGUUCACACAUUAGUGAAGAGUAAAGACAAAGAGCUCAGCGGAGUCCCUUAACGACUCACUGUCUCUGGACAUGCUGUUUUUGUUCUUACUGGGCUGGUUAGGAACACAUUCAUUACAUGUGCAUUAUGUUACGCACUACAUGAUGACCAGAACGGACAUAGGACUAGGAAAACCUUAUGUACUAGAUCUAGAUUUAUUAAAUGAAUGAUUCAUAGAACAUCAUGGAAAUGGUAGCACGUGCGUGUGUGAGAGGAUGAUGGUUGACAGCAGCGUAGAAUCUGCUGACAUUACUGAACAUUGUUCCAUCAGCCGAUGGUUGUUAGAUUAUGUCAUCACACGUUGGCUUGUUACUGUUACGGGGGUUUACGAUCAAGAUGGCAGCCUGUCCAUGCACACAUACACAGUCAGAUAUUUAUGAAAAAAUCUAAAUUGAGACAGAAGUGUCUCAACACAGCUAUAUAUAGGUUUGUAUAGGUCCAUGAUGUAGUCAUGGGAAAGCUUCAAGUAGGAGGGGUGCUGUGGGGAAUUAUUUGUUAAAUUAUUAUUAUUUUUUGAAAUAAGGUCCCUUACCAUUUAAUUUUCUGACAAAGCUAAUUGCAUUUACACAUGAAUGUUUUGGACAGAAACAGAGCAUAACCAGCAGGACUAAUGUACAAAUACUCCAUCUGUAAAAGGGUAAACUGGGUUUAUAAAAUGAGGCGCUCUCUCUUUCUCCCAAGUGCAAGCAGACACAAACACUGUUCUCUUUAAGCAUGGACUGGCUUACACUAAAGAUGAAUGCUUAAUGGUUCUGUAUAUUAAGAGAUGUAGAAUGAAAUUAAGGAUUUAUUAAACCAGGAAAUGUUUGUAUAGGACUGCAAAUCUGUGAAUCGCAAAGCUAUUGUCAUUAUAUUGCCUUAAAUUCACUAUACAACACAUCGUUGCAAACUAAUUUAAAGGACUGCGGCCAGAAUACAUUCUUAUGUGUCAGAUUGAAAUAAAUUUAAAAUCAGACUCUCUCCGAUA